CACCCAUCCCCACCUCCAGGCUGGGAAGUAAAAGUAGUGAAUGGCCCCAGGAGCCACUGACAGAGAAAAACUUUUACUCUCGGCACAGUGGGAUUUGGAUCGGGAGAGUCUUGAAAUUGCGGAUAAAGCAGACCUGACAGGAUGGUGAGCACUGCAACAAAGAGCAGCUACCCGGAUCAGUCCCGGAAAACACUCUGCAGCAGCCCAUUUCUCAGCAUCAAGUUCUUUGUUUUCUGCCAUGGGCUCCUGCAGCUCUCCCAGCUCCUGGUCUCUGGCUAUCUGAAAAGCUCCAUCUCAACCAUUGAGAGACGAUACGGCCUGUCCAGCCAGACAUCAGGGCUGCUUGCAUCCUUCAAUGAGGUUGGAAACACAUUGCUGAUUAUCUUCAUAAGUUACUUUGGGAGCAGAGUGCACAGACCUCAUUUCAUCGGCUGCGGUGCCAUCCUUGUCUCCUUAGCUGGGUUCCUCAUGUCUCUCCCUCACUUCAUAACUGGACCCUACGAGUAUGACCAGUCUGUUGCCAGCAUGUUCAGCAAUACCACUGAUCUGUGCCAGCCUGGGCUGCCAGGGUCUCAGGGGAAUUUCAGCGACGCCAGCUGCACCCCCCAUGCCGCCAGGGAGAACCAGGAGGUUCUCCUCGUCAUGUUCAUCGCCCAGGUGCUGCUGGGCAUUGGCGGGGUCCCCAUCCAGCCCUUUGGGAUCUCCUACAUUGAUGACUUCGCCAGUGAGAGGAACUCCCCCCUCUAUUUGGGGAUCUUGUUCUCCGUGACGAUCAUUGGGCCAGGAGUGGGCUUCAUGCUGGGCUCUGCCAUGCUGCGUUUUUACGUCGACAUUGACAAAGUCACUGGAGAAGAAGUUCAGCUCACAAACAAAGAUCCGCGGUGGGUUGGUGCCUGGUGGCUUGGUUUCCUGGUCGCAGCCAGUCUGGUGGCCCUCUCUGCAGUGCCUUACUUCUUCUUUCCACGGGAAAUGCCAAAAGAGGCGGCAAGUGGGAAAGAGAGCGACAGCAAGAAGAGCAAAGCUAUGCUCAGCGAGCUCAGACCAAGAUCUGAACACAUGCAAAACCUCUCUCUAACCAAGUUCAUCAAACAUUUUCCUGUGGUCCUGUUGAGGAACCUGCGUCAUCCUGUCUUCCUGCUGGUGGUGUUGGCUCAGGUCAACCUCUCUGCCAUGGUUGCUGGUUUAGCAACAUUCAUGGCAAAAUUCCUGGAGAGACAGUUCUCCCUCACAGCAUCCUUGGCUAACAUGAUCAUUGGUGCUGUGAACAUUCCUGGAGCAAUGGUUGGGAUCGUGGUGGGGGGUGCCAUCUUGAAGAGGUUCCAGAUGUCCCUGAGGCAAUGCAGCGCCAUGUGCAUCCUUGGCAUGUUCCUCUGCCUACUUGUGGCUUUUCCUCUUCUCUUCCUCGGCUGCCCCACACAGAAGGUCGCAGGCGUUACCUACGGUGAAAGCUCUGAAUUUGGACACCACACCUUGGAGUGUAGCCUCCAGUGUAACUGCCCUGAGAAAGCCUAUAACCCCAUCUGUGGGUCUGAUGCUGUUGAAUACAUCUCGCCCUGUUCUGCUGGCUGCAAAGUCGUAAAUAUCAACGCCGACAACUCAAUCCUGAACUACACCAACUGCAGCUGCAUCUCUGAAAAUGGGCUCAUGGGGUUUGCCAAGCCUGGGACCUGUGGCACUGGCUGCUCUCACCUCUUCCUGCCCUUUGUGGUCUUGUCAUGCUUGGCAGGGAUCCUCGCCAGCACAUCCCACACGCCAUCGUUCAUGCUCAUUCUCAGGAGCAUCCAGCCUGAAGACAAGUCAUUUGCGGUUGGCAUACAGUUCAUGCUGCUGAGAGUUUUAGCGUGGAUGCCAGGGCCUGUUCUGUACGGCAGCGCCAUUGACACCACCUGUAUCCUCUGGGAGAAAAAAUGUGACAAGAAGGCAGCCUGCAGAUACUACAACAAUAAACUCUUCAGACAAAGGUAUCUCGGUCUCCAGUUUUUCUUUGAGGUGGGUGCUUUCCUGUGCUUCGUGACCGUGUAUGUGAUUCUCAGACGGCAGGAGAAGGAAGCUACCAAUGCAGCAGAAGCAAAGGUAAAACCAGAGAAGGAGAAACUGACAGGAAACUCCAUAAAGAGUCUAGAAUCCAAGGUGUGAUGCCAAAAAUGUGAGUUGUGAUCCAUGCCCAGGAAGGAAAAGCCAUGUGAAUCACCCCACAUUUGAACUGUGAAGGAUGGACGAUGGAGUGAUGGACGAUGGGGCUGCUUCCUAGUCUUCUGGGUGGGAUGUACUACUUCUGUACUGCUACGGGAGUCAAUCCAUGCAUUCUUCUAUGCCUGCCUCCUCCACCUCGAUGGUGCAUCUUGCUCCUUCAUGUGGAUUAGUCCACACACAUAAAACUUUGGACACCACAGUCUUCUGGAUUUAUGUCCUCCAGAGCAUUCAUUCCUGCUGACAAUCUUGGUGAUGCCAGCACUGAGCAUUAACCAUAUAGCUGAAGGGAUUUGUGUUUGUUGUUUUUUUAA